UUCCACCUCAGAACAGGCAUUUUCCCGGAUUCCGGAAGUGGUACAGUGUUCGACAGUGUCCCAGGUACCUACGGUGUGAAUUUCGCGAAAUUCCGACGCCCAGAACCCGUCGAAAUCGGCCGAUGAAUCCCAGAAUAUUUUAACAUACAAUUUAUAUCUCUCUAUGUAGGCGAUGCGGCGUUGCCGGCGCGUGCUCGCAGCGGCGUUGCCUUUCACCCAGUAGAUUUUUAACGUGGAAUGACUGCCCGUGACAGUUGAAUGCGCAAGUUAAAGGUAUAACGAUCGGCUUAAAGACAUGACGCAGAAACAGAGGAUGGACAAAGAGGAACAGCAGAGGGUUCUCGUCAGGGACCUGAACCCUGUGAUAACGUGCCGUCUCUGCGAAGGAUAUUUCGUCGACGCUACGACACUGGUGGACUGCUUACACGUGUUUUGCAGAGCUUGUAUCUUAAGGCACUUCGAAAACAGCAAAACUGGAUGCCCCACGUGCAACACUAUGUACAAAAAGAAAUCACAAACCUGUUUCAGGCCUGACCCCCAGAUCCAGACCCUCGUAUACAAACUGGUGCCCGCCCUGUACGCCAAGGAGAUGCAGCGGAGGGAAGAUUUCUAUCGCAGCACAGGCGUCAGGGCGUCCAGCUCGUGCAGCGACGACAGCGUCAUCGACAGAGAAAGGGAUAUGAUAAAUGACCAGGAGGAAAUGAUCUCAUCUUACGUUGGCGACAAAACUCAGUUCUUCGGCCCCGAAGACUCGAUAUCCCUCUCCCUGGAGUACUACCAGGCCCACCUGGACUCCACUGACGCCGAAGAGAAAUCGAAACCGCCCCUCUUGUCCAGCGACAGUGACACCUCCUCCAACAACUCGUCACAAAGUGACGGUGUUCAGACUCAAAACAAAAUCAAGACUGAAAAGCCAGAUCUGACGAACGUAAAUAGUGAUAGUGAUUGUACAAAGGACAAGGAACAGAAUGACGGUGGAAAUAGUGUGAGUGACAGGGACGUUAGGGAGUGCGAUAAGAGGUUUUUGCAGUGUCCCCCAGCUGUCUCCAUGAAGCACCUUCAGAAGUUUAUAAGGAUGAAGUUUGGACUGACAGGAGACCACAGGGUGGAUAUGAUCUACAAAGGGGAAGUCCUGCCGGCCAACUUCAGCCUCAUGGACGUGGCUUACACAUUCAAAUGGAAAAGAAUGAAACCAAUGAGGUUCUUCUACCGUAUCUUCACGCCGAUGAAGGUCAGACCUAUCAAAAUCGUCAACACCACUUUAUCCACCGGAGGAAGACAAUUGCAGAUAGUUCCCGUCAAGCCGAGCCCCGAUCCUACUACCAAGCCAGCCGAGGAAGUGAAACCGGAAGCGAAACCGGAACUGGAUGUGGAAAAAUCCAGGGAUAAAGACUUGGAAGAAAGCGAGGACCAAAAGAACGACAAAGAAAGGCUGUUCGCCCAUCUUCAACUGCAGAGCAAGUCCCAAGUGGAGAAAGACAAGAAAGUACCUGAGAAACCCCUGAUUAAAGACUGCGUGUUUGAAUACGAGGAACCUGACCAAGAGGAGAUUAAGAGGUUCGCCGAGAAAAGGGACAGGGAGUGGGCCUUGCAGAAAAAACUGGACGAUGAAACCAGGAAAGACGAAGACUACGUCAGUCACCAUUUCUCCAAGAAGAGAAAAAAAAGUAAACACUCAAAAAACGAGUUCAACCUGCAUAAAAAGAGAAAACUUCACGCUGAGAUAGCUUCUAAUGAAGAAGAACUGAAACUCAAGGUCAAAAUCACAAAUAACGGUCACAAGCACAAGCACCACAAGAGUUCUGGGCAAGUAAAUGAAAAGACUCAAACCUCAGACGUUAGCUCUAAGGAAAAGCUACUUCAGAUGCGCCAAGUUAGGCAUAAACAUGUGUCUAGCGAAGACAAAAACAUCCAAACUGUACCUAGUAUAAAACUAUCUAAAGAUUCUAGCACCAGCACCGAGAAGAUCAGAAUAGAAUCCGGAGACAAAUCCAAAGUUGAAGAAAAGCAAAUUGACAUCAAAGAAUCUACAGAAGAACCUAGAAAAUCCCCAAAAAUCAAAGAAGACAUCGCCAAGUUGAAGAUAAAGGUGACGGAACCUUCUAGUAGUGUGUCUGAGUCAGCAGUGCUACCCAAACAACAGAGUGAAGGCGUUAGCACCUCUCCAAAGAUAGGUACGUUCUUGGAACCCACUAGUUCCAAACCGGGCUUUGCCUUAAAGAACUCGAUUGAGAAAGAUUGGGUCAAAAAGGUACCAACAGUUCAACUGGAGAGGAACGAACAGACUGAAAAACAAGCUCAGAAGACCUUUCUUAAGACAUUUCAGACUUAUGCCGAAAAAUACCAGCGGAACGAGAAGCUGCAGCAAAACAAAAUCGAGAAUACCAAAGCAAAACUGAACAGCGUCAACCUCAACAAGGAUAAAUUGAUACAAAUUAAGACCGAAAAUAACAAAAUUACCGCCAAUAACAAGAGUUUGGAAAGGAAGAUUGCCAACCUACAGCAACACUGUACCAUAGAGGCCAAACCUCCAGAAAAAAUAGAGAAGAAAAUGAACUUUGUCAAUGAGAAACCUAAAAUGGUUACUCCCCAUUACCCAGCUGGUUUCACAGUGAGCAAAGUAGAACAAGGAGUUAAGAGGAAAGCUGAGGACGAGGCAAUGCAAGAUAACAGACCAAGCUUAGAAAUCACUUUAAUAAACCCUCCUACUUCGAGUCCUGCCCAACAGAGCUCUAAACCACCUGAAAAACCACCCGUCAAACGUCCUCCACCUGCAACUAUUCCUUUGGACAGGAUAAAGAAGUCCGUUAACUUAAAGUCCGGGAUCAGCAUUAUCCCGAAACUACCAGAAAGGUGCGACAACAUCGGGGCUUUGGAUCUGUCCAAAACCAGCAUGUCCCCCGACAAUUCUUCCAAAAUUUCUCCAAAACUAGACGUUCCUAACGGUUUCAAUUUAGUCAGUAGACAGUUGAACGCCUUGUCCAGGCCGACCACCACCACAGGAUCCGAGAAAAACAACAUAGCGUUAUCCAACCUUCAAAUGUUAUCUAAAGUAGCGACGGAGCACUCUAACUUGAACAACAAGACCCCACAGAACACCAUGGCCUUGAACAAACCGAGGCCGCAGAUGCCGAGCUUACAAACCUUGAAGGUGCCUUCGUUACAAAAUCCCGGGCAAAUGAAGGCACCCAACUUGCAGAAAAUACCUAAACUCAACGAGAUACAAAAGUUCAGACCCACCAACCCUCAAAUCAGGAACCUGAGGCCCAACCAGAACCAAAACAUCAGGAACAUCCCGAAUCCGAGUCUGCUGAUCAGGCAGCAGAACCAGAACAGGCUGUCACAGAUCGCAACGAUGCAGCAGAGCAGCGGCGAAGCGACGAAGACGACGCAGAGCGUUUCGACCAACUCCACGCCAUCUCCGGCACAGAAGGAAGCGACUACGGCGACUCCCGUGAAAAGCGCGAUAGAAUCCAAGCUGCAAGAGAAGAAAGAGAUCUCCGUUUAAGGUACCCCCUCAUCUUUUGUGAUAAUUUCGGACUAGGCUACAAAAAAUAAAUCCACAGUACAAAUUUUUUUAAAAAAACUACAUGCAUAGUUUUCUGCUCCGGUGGAGGUGAACAUUUCGUGGAAUUGUGAUAGACAGAACAUGAGAGUGUAAUGAUAUUGUCUCGUAGUUUGGAACACCUGUUCGGUACUAAAAUUAUCGUUUACGAUUUAUUGUUGUUUAGUUCUGCCUUUCAGUCACAAGCAUUGAACGUCACUUACCCAAUAUGACGUCAUAGAAGUGUUCUUGGUUGAGUAAUAAAACCGUUUCAUUGUUAUUGAUCGCAUUUUAGCUUUCAGCGGUUCUUUUAUGACGUCACGCCGGUAUCGAGUAAUGGAACGACCUUUUGUUUACAACUGCUUGGUCGUCACUCAUCGAGGGACUUGUUGAGUAUGAUUUUAGUUAGUUGGUGGCAUUGUAUAUGCCGCAAAAUGCACCUUGUUGUUGGUUACAGUCGCACCGUACAUAUUUUUAUUAUUGUUUAAACAAUAUCGAUAUUAUUUAUGUUGCUGUUUAUUUUUAAUGUAGCUGUUAAGUUCUCCGCGCAUAUUCCUAAGUUCCUCUACGGACGGGCGUGGACUUUAAAAAAGGAAAUAAUGACAUUCCUUUUUAUUUCGUCCCCUCCGCCCUUUUAUAAGACUUAAUAUUUGAGUUUUUAAAAAUUUUAUCAAUCACCAAUUCUUCAUUGUUAAAGUUAUAUUGUUUAUUUGAACGGUUGUAUAUAGAGAUGUAUAUAUGUCGAUGUUUGACCUGAUUUUAAGCUAAAACUGAAUGUAAAUACUGUUUUUAUUGGUCCUUCGCACUAUUCUUUACGCAGUGCUCCUCUUCUUCUUCUGAAAAUAACAUUGUGUACCGUGUACAUACUAUUUUUAAAAAAACGUCCUAUUUUAGGCGAGUCUUAUUGAUAUUCAGGUGUUUCGAAUGUUUCUCAUUUCGCAACUAGCAGAAUAGACUGUUUUUAACACUUACCUCCUUAGAUUUUAGAGAUUAUUUACUAUAGAUCUAGGGGACGUAUAAAUAUAUGUACUAUAUUUCACUAUACUGUUUGUGUAGUAUAUUAUAUG